GGUGUGUAAGGGAUUGUACGGAGGCGCCGCAAGCCCGGACGUCUCCAUGGGGGGAAGCGCGGUGUAGCAGCCCCCCAAGCUCCCCUGCAAACGGGGCGCCGCGCCUCCUCCUCCUUCUUCUUUCCUUUCCCAGCAUCCACGCGAAACGGAGAGGCGGAGAGAAACCCCCUCAUUGGAGGGACCUGCCUGCGACAUCAUCAGAGCGCGACGAGGCGUGGAGUUUGGCUCCGCGCGGUGGGGGCCCGUGGGGGGUUGCGCGCGUUGCUCCGACGCCGGCCAGUGGCUGCGGCUUCUCUGCCCGCCUGCCUGCUUGCUUGCCUGCCGGGCCGCCCCUGAUGAAGACAGUUCUGCAGUAAAGAGUGCCUGGACCAAACAGGAGGCUGUGCCUCUGAAGAACACAAUAUGGAUAAGAAAGCAUUUGAGAUGGUGCUUGAUGAAAUUAGAAAGGCUGUGUUGAUGGAAUACAAAUUAAAAGCCAUUGAAUAUGUACAUGGAUACUUCUCUAGUGAGCAGAUUGUUGAGUUACUGAGGUACUUCUCUUGGGCUGAACCACAAUUAAAGGCAAUGAAGGCAUUACAACAUAAAAUGGUAGCUGUUUCUGCAGCAAAAGUGGUUAACAUCCUCAACUGUUUCACUUUUAGCAAAGACAGGCUUAUUGCCUUAGAACUGUUGGCUUCUAAUAUUAUUGAUGCUCAGAAUUACCGCCUUAUCGAAGACCUCUUCCGAACUAGCAUGUCUGAGAAGAAGAGAUGCAGAAAAAUUUUGGAACAGGCUUCCAAAGCAGGGUGUAAAGCACCUCAUGCUAUGAUAUCUUCCUGUGGCAUGAUUCCUGGUAACCCUUAUCCAAAGGGGAAACCCAGUCGCAUAAAUGGAAUUUUUCCGGGGUCCCCUGUAAAAAAGGAAAACGAAGACUAUACUAACGAAGGCAAGGGAAUAGCAGCUCGUAUUCUUGGACCAUCCAAACCAGCUCCAGCAACAUACAAUCCUCAUAAGCCUGUUCCUUAUCCUAUUCCUCCAUGUCGACCACAUGCAACAAUUGCACCAAGUGCUUACAACAAUGCAGGUCUUGUUCCUCUGGCUAAUGUUGUAGCUCCUGGCUUGCCAGCUCCACCACCAUAUGCUCCUACUCAUGUAGGAACAGGUAAAACAGACAAUGAAGAACUUUCCAAUCAGACAAAAUCUUCCCAAAGCCAAGCUUUUGCUGCACAAUCGAAUCAUCUCUUUACACCUCAUGGUUCUACCCCUGCUGCUACUCCAGCCCCCACCCUGUCAUCUGUUAAAGCAAUAAGCCACUCAUCAGCACUUCCAUCUCCAACCACACCGGGGAUAAGCAUGUCCACCCCUGCCCUCCCCGUCUUCCUGGGGCAGGUUGUCUCCUCCAUCCACCCAUCUCAGCCAUCGACUCCAACUCCUCCUGUCGUUAAAUCUCACUCUUUGCCUGGUGUUCCUGUCACGUCUGCUCAUUGUGCCACCCCCACCCCCCUCCCUGCAACUUUCUCUGGGCUGGCUUCUGGGCUUCCUGCUGCAGCCACUCCGCAAGUCCUGUCCACGCCGUGUGCUACCGCUGUGCCUAACGAAGCUUUUGCAUCGGCCUCCACACCGUUUGCCACCCUGCCUUUUUCUGCAACAUCUGUCGCCACUUCCACUAAUAACUCAAAUUCACUGUCAUCCACUUUUGCCAGCCUGCCUUUGUCCUUGACGCCUACUCCUCAGGGGAUAGCCAGUCCGAUGCCUCCGUCCGUUGCUAGUUCUCCUGCCACUAGCCUGCCAUGCCCCCUUAACUUACCUAACCCACUUCUUUCAGUCUUAAAGGGCUUUUUGUCAGUGAAUGAUAGCUCAAUAAUGAAUUCAGCUGCUCUGCCUUCUGCUGUGACAGCUGAGCUUGCUUCUCUCUCUGGUCUUGCUGGCCAGAAUUCUGAAGCCACUCCUUCAUCCAGUAACAAAUGUUAUACUCCAAGCGCUACCUCCACCCUUCAACAUCCUUCCACUCCAGGACUGUCCAUCUUCCCAGGACUCCUGUCUCAGCCGGGUGCGAGGAAUAGCGCAACCCCUCCUGCAUUGCCAACACCGUCCCCUUUGACCUCAUUACCAUCUUCCAUCCUGCCAGUCAGUUGUGUCUCCUCAGUUCUUACACAUUGUCCAAGCCCUGCUCAUCCUGAACAGCAGGUCUCGUCUGCCUCAGCAGCCACUGCCGUUCCAGUGAUGGUGAAAACUGAGCCCACAAGCCCUACGCUUUCAGGUUUCAAAGGCCCAUCACAUUCUGCCGGGCCUUCUCAUAGCACUUCAGCCUUGUCCGCUCUUGGGCAUGCAUAUACCUCAGCUAAUUCAUUGGCAGGCAGCUUGCCCACUUCCCUGAAUCCAGCACUAUCCAGCCUCUCCUCCUUGAGUGCUCCUCUAAAUGGUUCCUCUUCCAUUGCCCCACAUGGUUCCUCUGCCCCAAUAGCUCCAGUAUAUAAUGCACUUCCUCCUUUCACGUCGCUGACCAGCAGUUUUGCUUUUACUGGCAACCCAGCACUUACGCCCACAGGGUCCCUGUUGCCCAUUCCACCUACGACGACGUCAGCCAUUUCCGCACCUCCUGUCAGCUCCACAACCACGGUUCUUCCAGCGCUCAUUGCUUCAGCAGCUGCUCCUGCGCCACCCUUCUCCUUGAACUUGUGCAGCGCUGUCCCUUCCCUGUUUUCAGUUCCUCAAGUACCUCUAGGAUCAUGCAGUUCAUCCUUCCCUCCUUUCCCUGUCUCUAACACUCCCUCUGUCACUCCUGCUCUCCCUUCUUUCCCUGGGCUCCAGGCACCUUCUACAGUAGCAGCAGUCGCACCACUGCCGGCAGCUGCCACAGCCCCAUCUCCAGCUCCGGUGCUGCCAGGGUUUGCCUCGGCCUUUAGCGCAAACUUCAACUCCGCACUUGUUGCACAGGCUGGCCUGACGUCUGGGCUUCAGGCGCCUGGAAAUACAGUAUUUCCAGGACUCCUCUCUCUUCCUGGCAUCCCUGGACUUGCCCAAAAUGCUACACAGUCUUCCUUACAAGAACUUCAGCAAAGUGCAGCUGCACAAUCAGCAUUACUACAGGCACACUCAGCUUCUGCUCUGGAGAACUACACAUCUCAGCCUGAUGGCUUUACCACAUAUCCUCCAGCACCAGGAACACCUGGAACACCCUUUUCGUUACAGGCGAGUCUUCCUCAGAGUGGAUGGCAAUAAGUGACAACAUCCUUUCACAUUAACAAAGAGAGAAAUCUUUUCUUGAAGAAUGCUGUGAUAGAUUUGCAAACCUACUAGUAAACCUUCUAUUGAAGGUUUGGCAAAAUGUAUUGGAUUAAAUGUGUAGCACUCAAAAGGAAGAGAAGAGGGAUUCUGGACAACUAUUUCUGACAGGCCGCAAAAACCAUGGAUUUUUUUAAAAAACUUAAUCAAUACCCUUAAUGAAACAUUAAGCCUUCUCAGUCCCUUUAUGUUGAAGAAAUUUGAGGUACAUGGAGUUUUAUGCAUCUUUUACAUUAAAAUCUUUUUUAAAUCAGAUUUUGCUGGGGCACCAUUGCCCCAUGCGCUGUUCAGGAUUUUGUCACUUGUGUUUUUGGUAUGUGUAGAUAUAAAAAGAAAUAUAAAUCAGGA